AUGUCAGCAACCUCUAUUUCUCCAGAGCGGCAGCUGACAAGUGUGCUUGCGACCUUAAAUUCUCUGAUGUCUCUGAGCACACGAGAGCAAGAGCGACUGCAGGAGGCGAUGCAGGCUGCGGGAAACGCAGCGAAUGGGGGAGUGAAAGAGGCACCUAAGAAACAAGCCGUGUCGUCUUCCUCCUCUGGGGCAGCAACACGUAGUUGUAGUUCCACGUCGUCGUACUUCGACUUCGACAGCAUUGUCACAGAAGCAACGGACGCGCGGAACCUCGCAUUGCCACAGAGGCUUCGGCCUCUUGUUGCCGACAGAGACCAGCUCCUGCACCAGUUUCCGCCUUACUUCUUCCAUUCGGUCAACAAGCUGCGGGAAACCGUGGUUAGCGUCAGUUUGAAUUACUACGGCAUCGAGCGCGUGCAAG